ACCGUAGGAGCCAAUCCGGGAGCUUCUGGAGGGGCGGGGCGGGGGCCAGUUUGCCGGGAGGCGGAGGAGGAAGGCCACGCAGGAGGUCGAGGUUGGGCGUUCUCCUGAAAAGAUGACCUGGGCAAGAGUCCUCCGGCUGGGGCCGGGCGGGCAGGAGGCAGCCCUUAGAUUGGGCAACUCGGGACUGGAAACGAGGGGGUGGGAGAAACCGUGGGGAGACAAAGAAGCAGACGCCUGCCUCUCCACCUGGAGGGGCUCCGGUAGGGCCAGGUCGAACAAUAGCAGAGGGUAAAUUUGGCCUGUUGACCCAGUACAGCUGCCUAUCAACAUUGUACCCUGCCUUUGGAGCAGACAGGACGUCGUUUCAAAAACUCGUGCCAUCUCUGCAGAGGAAAAACACCAGAAAGGCGUGCUGAUCCAAAUAAAAAGAUGUAAAUCAUCAGAAAUCUGCCCUCGUGAAGUUGCAAUCUCCCCACCCUCACCCCGCUGACUGAAGCCAGUGAGACAGGUUGUGCCAGCGCAGGCCCUGUUGCUCAACCGUCUCCCUUGGAGCCACACUUGUAGAUAGUAUUUACUGGAGACGUAUUCAGUGGGUUCCAGGCACGGAACUUGCUUUGAAACGUAGGUGCCAGACACUGUCUUGGACUCCGGAGAAUAAAAAUAGAGACGUAGACCCUGCUCUGAAGAGCACAUACCCUUGUGAGUCUUCGUGGACUAGAGAAAAAGCCAGCCCUGCUACUUCUUGGGAAACUAAAUUUAAAGAAAAAAAAAAAAAGAAGAAGACUCCAAAUAUUCACGAUUGAAGUGAAAUUGAAACUAAGAAUAUCUCAGUGGAUUUAAUCUUUAAAAGUGCUUCUAUCUAGAAUCCUAAAACCAGGAUAGCGAGAAUCACUUGAUGAUUAGUUUGUCAGCAUAAUGACAUCUGUAAACAGAACCAAUGAAAUAAUUAAAAAACUUAAAGCAGACAAACGUCUCCUGGAGGAGAUAAAUGAAAAGCGUGAAUCCAACUGCUUGGUGGAAAGAGGCAAUCAAGUCAGCUUAUGGAGAGUUGAAAAGAGGCACUUCCACGGCGCCGCCAAGUCCCUUACUCACGUCCAAAUCACAGAACCUGUUCCCGAGAGUGGCAGGAGCUCCUGGGUCAAACUGAGUCUUCUUGUUCACAAGGAGAAAAGGCACUUUCCACCAAAAAAUAAUGCCAUAUUUGGAUAAAAUGCAUCUCCAGAGACAUCCAGAAAUACAAUCUCUUUGAUCCUUCUUCAAUGUCUCUCUAAAUUAUUCACAAAUAUUAAUCGUAAAAGCCAAACUAUUCACUAGAUCACCAAGAAAACGCUGAGUCAUAUAAAAUAUAUUACAUUUUCAUUCCAUUUCAUCAUUUAGACUUAGAUGUUUUCAAGAGAAGAUCUGAGUCAGUAAAGAUACUUUCAGAGA